ACACGCAAACGCACUCGCAGGAGGCGUACAGCGAGGUUUCCGCUUCUCAGUUGGGCUCGGACCGCGACUCACGAAAAAACACGGUGUGUAACGCAAAAAAGGUUGACGCACCAAGGUAAGAAAAAAAGAAAGAAGAAACCAAACGGACCGAGCGAUAAAGAUGUCCGAAUCAAAGUACCGCGAGUGGAUUCUGGACACUAUCGACUCGCUGCGGUCGAGAAAAGCCCGGCCGGACUUGGAGAGGAUUUGCCGAAUGGUCCGGAGACGACACGGGUCCGAGCCCGACCGAACCUCCGCAGAACUGGAGAAACUGAUUCAGGAGCAAACCGUGCUGAAAGUUAACUACAAGGGCUCUAUCUCGUACCGAAACGCCGCCAAGGUUCAACGGAGAAGCAGAAAAAAAGACGAUGUAACGUUAACCGCGGCUGCGAGACGGAGCACGGUGGAAGAAGCCAGUCAUUCCGACUUGAGCAACGGGGACAGCGCUUUCGGUCCUGUAGACCAGGACGAGGAGGAUUUGGAGGUAUGUUGUUGCGAGGAGGCAUGUUUCACGAGCUCACAUCCCAUUGUCUCACUACAUCUCACCAAAAAAAUUAACAGGUGGAGGUUAAACCAGAGGAGGGGUUGUAGUUUGCGUUUCGCUAAAACACGUCUUUUCGUGUGUACACGGGGAGUGGUGAGGGGAGUGAUUCGCAAGUGCACCCAAAACUGCCGCAGACGGGGAGCGGCGGUUGGACCUCGCUCGAGCGCUGUCGAGGUGGAGACGGAGAAAAAAAAAACGGAAGGUGCGCGUGCAGUCGGGAGUGUGGCAUAUUUGAGACAGCGCCGGUUGGAAAGCGCUUUUGGAAGGGGUGGCGCAGUACACGCAAGUACGAGACAAGUAAAAGUUGCACCGUCCUGCCCGUCCGCAACAACCCCAGCCACCAUUAUCAGCGGUGGAAAGCGCUUUUUCAAGCCCCAAACUCGGCGUUCAGCGGAGGGGAGGAGGGGAGGGGGGGACUCCACAAAACCAGCACGAUUCGAGUGAAACCAGACAGGAAGCUUCACGAGUACCCUUUCAAAAUAAAGCGUCACAAUGAGUGCCAACACACCUAGAGAUUUAUUCUGAAAUCUGCAACUGUGAAGACAUUUCUUAAUUUUCUCGUACUUGUAAAUGUGGGAGUGGGUGAAGGGGGAAAAAAGUCUGAAACACCGCGGAUGUUGGAGCCUGAUGGGGGGACCCUGGGACAUUGUUGGUCUGCUGAUCGUUCUUUUCCUUGUGGAGGAACGAGGACCAAAUAGUAAACAUCAGAGUUAUAACAGCACAGGUUAUCGGCAUAACCUGUAUGCCGAUCGGAAAUGUCAAUUCUUCUUCUAGACUUUAAGUAAUGCCCAUACCGAUCACUGCUUAAAAAGUACUCCCAAUAAACCUCAUUUCGUUCACGUCGUGUGAAAUGCCCCUGUUUCUCGACUGACGGACCAUUGCCGACGCAGUGCAUAAAGUCGAACCCCUAGAUCCAUUAUCGGACAUGCAGUCAGGCUCGGUCACGUCUAAUACUUGGUUUCGUCUGUUGUUGUGGCCUCUCCCGUCCCGCAAAGCAAUUACAUCGCUUCUUUGUGUCAGGCAACUGUUUGUUGACAUUGUGUUCAGAGAAGGCGCAUUACUGCUGAGUGAAAAGAAAACGUGUGAGUGCCGACAUCACGGUGAGGCACGAACUAACGCAAACUGUUCGUCCAGUGCCGUGGUAGAUGCUCCAUCCGAUUUGGGUUAAGCUGAGAUCAAAUGCACUUUGUUUUCCGAAAAGCGUGCCUUUCGUUACGGUACCUACUUUGAACGUGCUGUACGUCAGGGCUGUUAUCAAUGUUUUACCCGAACACAAGGGUUAAAAUGCAGACAUUGACGUGUCCGAUAACGGACUCAUAUGCGUUACUCUUUAUGUUCGGUGGUUUCUACUGUACAUCGGUGACCCAGCGCAAAGUCAAAGUAGACUGCUUGAUCGAGGUGACCGCAGCUUUCUCUGCUCGGAGUGCUGCGUUGAUCUACCCGUCGAGUUCGAGCUGGUUGUAUUGUUCGUUCUGCUUUUUUUGCAGUGGCUCGGCCCCGUGAAGCGCUCCGUGGAAGACCACAGACACAAUGGCGAGGUCUUGCCGCGGCUCCUAACUCCAUGCGCACUUUGGAGGAAAUUUGAGUAAAACCAAAAAAAAAAAAACGCCUCCCAUCGGCCCUGUCUGUGCUCCCCCCGUGUGUGAGGAUUAUCAAUCAUCCAGGCCUUCCAAAGACCGGGACGCACCGAGUAUAUCCUCUAUUUUAUGACAGUCGACGUGAAAGCCCCGCUGGAUUGAGACUCGUUGCGGGCCAUUGUGCUUUUGUGACCGUGUCUUUGUAAAACUUAUGUUAAAUGCGGAGCGAUGGGUGAAUGCCGUGCAGGCGUCUCUUCUCAGGAGCGGGGCGGGCUUUAGUGCGCUCUUGUGCUCUCGACUGCUGGGUCUUGGACACGCAGUCGCAAAGAAGGUAAUUCUUUACUAGGGCGCCAUCGACUAAAACACCAGCGAAAGGAAUGCGUGUGUUUGGUAAAACUAGUUACAUGCGCAGAGACGCCACUACAGAUCCAUGUGUUUAAUAGCGAGGAAGCCCCUUUUAAGGUAGACGGGCUCACGGUGAGAAUGCAGAGUAACACUGCAGCGCGAAAAGGGGGACGAAGGCAUUGAAAGGCAAUAAUUUACCACCACAGCGGUCAAAUUGCGACAUCUGUAUGAGUCGUGUAUGUGUGACACGUUCAGGCUGUGAUCAGUUCUCGGUCAUGACAACAAUCCACUGUAACAGGGGGAGGGUUUGAAGUUGAUGUCAAAUAAUGAACUUAAAAUGAAAACGAUUGCUUUCCUUGAGGAAACACUUGAAGUAGGUUAGUUUAGAUCUGCACCUAAUUGGGAUAUUUGUGUGAUAUUGAGAGUGCAGCAAAAGUACAAUUGAUGACUCUGUUCGCAGGCUGACACUUCUAUGGCAAUGGACACAGACAGCAAUGCAGAUGAGGAGGGGGCCGAAGAAAGCCGGGAUGGUCAGGACGGACCCUCUCCUGGCCACACAUUUGAAGAUGCUGCCAUGCACUGCUCCUCUGUGCGAGCCGUCUCUGCCCCCUGCUCCCCCUCUGGCACUCGGCCUGGCCCCGGCCCCGGCUGCAGCCCUGGCUCGGGUCUGGACUGUGUCUCUUUCCAGAAGGUUGGUGAGAGGCCCAGCUCCUUACCCCCCUCCAGCCCCAGGGCCCUUGCACACAAUGACUGGGCCUAUCAUUCUGCUGUCUGCCCAGUGGAGCGCCAGCACCCAGGAAUGCAGAGGGACAAAGGUAUUUAACCAACGAGACAUGGUCCGAUAUAGAGCCCCCAAAUAUAGUUGUAAUUAGAAAAUGUCUGGAUAUUCUUGUAAAAGAUGCAAAGGAGAAACAGAACCUGAGUGGGUAGAGGAAGGGGAAUUGUGGGAAAAGAAAUUUCAACCCUCUCUUGUGCCAGAGAUCUGUUAUUUGUAUACACUUCUAAUCAUGGCUGAUUAAUAAAAACAACACUUUCAUUAGUCUGAAUAGCACCACAGUUUGCCAAGAAAAGGUUCAGUUUGAUCAUAUCAGUAAUAAUAUCAGUGUGCAGUCGUCUAAGGCUGGAAUAUUUAAAGGACAUGCAGAUAUUUUAAUAAAAGGUGUUGCAAAACCAGCAUUUGGAUACCGUGGAUUAUUUGUUUGAUAUCGACCCCAAAAUGUAACAUCAAAUAAAAUCACCUUUUUCUGUGACAAUGUGAAAUGUGGUACAAAACGCCUGUCCUUACAAAUCUUGAUUAAUGAUGUAUAUAAAAUAAAUAUGUUUCUUUUCUCUUGUUACUAAUGUAAUGUAUCUUGUUCUCUCUGUUUACAGCUGUAAAUGCAGUGAUCCAGUCUGGGACCAGCAGCCCCGUUGCUUUAAAGAACAACAUGAAGAAGGAGGAAGGAGGCAAAGUGGAGGACAGUAGCCUUUCAUCCGACCAGUUAGUACCAGACUAUGCAGCAGGACAGGUAAUUGACCACUUUUUUCUAUCAUCAAACUCUGUCCAUCAGACUGCUGCAUCUUUGACCUUGUGCAUCACACCUGACAUAUUCAUUUGUUUUGUUUUACCAGCCGGAGGAGAUGAAGAAUAAUGUAUCUGACGGACGAUCACAGCCCCUGUCUUUGCCCUCUGACAACUGUGAGUAGCAAAGUGCGCCAUGUUUGUUUUUAAAGCUGCAUCUGUUUUGCAAGGAAUUAAUUGAUCAUUAAGCCUCCCUCUCAUUAGGGGAAAUGGUCCCCUCAAAAAAAAGGACACGUGGUAAAGGAGUUAACUAACAACAACACAUGUUUAAAAUACCAUACUAGCUGUUAUUUAGCCAUUUUGCCUGGAGGCUUGAAGAUUUUUUGAAUGCUUUACAAACUUGCCCCGCUGUCUCACAUCCAGCUGGGCCUCCUUUUAACUGCUUAAGCUGUCACUCAAAUCAUGCUACGCUUUUGCAACCCUGCACUGUUAACAGCGCUGCCAGUACAAGAGAAAAUUUAGCACCGGUCAUUUAAAUCAGUCAAAAAUUGAUGCAUUAGGAUGUCUCGUCGGGAUCGAAUCACAGCUUUCCCGUUGAGAAAGUAGCAGCUGCGCGAGGUUUUCCUCGACCUCGGAUUGAAAAAAUUGGACGCUGAUUGCUUGCUGUGUAAAAUGUUGAUAGAAAACAGAUUCUGUUGGUCUCGAAAUAAUCCGAGCUCCUUAUUUGAUUGAAAAUAGUGCAAAGAUAAACAUCAAGUAUUGAGAUUGAGAAUGAAAUUAUGAUACAGGAUCUGAGCCUGUUUAGAUGGACUGAUUUAAAGUGAAAAACUUCAAAAGUGCUCUGAUAAAUCAAACAUUGACGUUCGUUUUGGACUCUAGAGAGACGAGGGACCAAGGCCAUAAUCCAGGAUGAUGGGUCUUUGUAAGACAUCAAAUAAAGAGUCUGCUCUUUUGGAAAGCAUCUCAAGGUCAUGAUUGUUGUGAUUUGGUGCUACAUGAAUAAAAAUUGAUUGAUUGAUUGAUUGAUAAUACAGGGAUGCAAAUGUACCCACGACAUGGCUGGUUUACUUGUAUGGCGCCAUCACUGCUGAAUGAUAUACACAGACUUUGGAGCGAUAUACGCCUCCAUCCAGACAAUCUUUUUCAGGGUAGACCUUGCAUAUUUCAGUAAGACAACGCCAGACCUCAUUCUGCAUAUAUUACAACAGCAUGGCUCUGUAAUAUGAGUCUGGCUGCCAAACUGGCCUCGUUGCAGCCCUGACUUGUCAACCACUGAAAGUAUUUGGCACAUCAUCAAACAAAAAAUACGACUUGAAACGCGCUAAACUGUUGAGCGAGUGAAAUCCUGUAUGGGGCAGCAUUUUGAUUUCAGAACUCCAGAAACUGGUCUCUUCAGUUCCUAAAUGUUAAGAGUGUAGUUGUAAAGCAAAUGUGAUGCAACGCAGUUAUGAGAGGUUAACGGAAAGUGGUUAUUUGUGUCCUUGUUGAUCUAAAUUAAGACCUCUAGGUUUUUACUGCAUGAAAAGAGGCUGAAGGGUCCGUGUAUUAUCCAUCCAUUCAAUUAUUCCAUUCAAUCUAGUAAACAAAAAACAAAAAAACGAGUCAAUAUUUUGUUUAUUUGUUUUUCUAUACAACCAAAAAAAAUAAAAAAUUAGUGUUUGUUUUCAUAUUUUCAGCUCAGAACAGAAUAUAUAUAUAAAAGAGAAGGAAACGGAAAUGAAAUAAUAAAUCUUACGAACAAUUAUUGAUUCUGAGUGCGCCUAUUUUGAGCAUACCUGCAUGGAGGCUACAUUGGCCUUCCUAUGAUCCUCAGUGACAGUUACCAUGGCGAAAGAUGAGACAGAGCGGCUCGAGCGCCAGAAUCUUCCGUUGUAGCAGAGCUCUGGUUGUAAUUUUUUCCACAGUCAUACCUUCCUCCUUCAGCGUGACCUUCUUGUAUAAUACGUAGGAUGUGUCCAUCUCCAUGACAACAGGUUAGCCUUUCUCUACCGCUCUGGCCUGGAGUUUAUGGUCCAAGUUGUUGGCGACUUUGUUGCGCAUGUGCGAAAAAGUAGAAAGGCACCGCGGGAAAUGGGGACAUCAAUUACCAAAAACGAAAAGUAGAUUUAUUAUUUUGUUUUCGUUUCCAUCUCUAUUAUAUAUUCUGUUUUUAACUGAAAAUACGAAAAUAAACACUAAUAUUUUAUUUUUUGUUAUAUAGAAAAAUAAAUAAACAAAAUAUUGACUCGUUUUUUUGUUUUUCAUUUACUAGAUUGAAUGAUCUCUAGUCAAUUGUUUUCUGAUCCCUUCACAAGUACCCCGUCGUGCGAUCAUAUACUCAUGCUGGGUCUGGAUACAGUUUUUCUCAAAGAAGCGGUUCACGUCUACAAAGUGGAGCUUCAUCCAUGUCAUGUGUCACAUGUAUGAAGACAGUCUCGGCAGCGCCCUGGUGAUGUGUAGUGAAGAGUGCUGUAUCAACACUCAUCCACCGAGUCGACACUGUGCUGAACCGUGAACAAACUAAUAGAAAAAAUACUGUACCGUGACAGCCAGGGCCUCGGGGUCGCACAGCCUACUACUAGUGAGGAAAAGACAUCACCCCAGUUUCAUCACACAUCUGCUGCCUCUGUUCAUCACACUACUGAAAGGAAGGGAUGCGAUUUAUAGGUGCAGAGAGAAGUCUUUUUAGUAAAACUGUAAUUUUAUUUUGCACACUUUUACUGGAUUUAAAGGUUACAAUAAUAGUUCUUAUCUGAAACUCUAGUUCUGUUACUGUAUAUGACUCAUAUGAGGACAAAAAGUAGAAAUCCUAUCGCUGUUUGUCACACAUUUCUCUGACUAGGACUAAGAGGUUGGAUAGGAUCUGUUUGGGGAUUUAACAAGCAUGGAUGAUUUUGCACUCCGCUGAAAUGUAGAUGAUUUUCGGCACUGCUGUUUUCUCUUUCUCUCAGAAAAUGUAGAAAACCAAAGUGCUCUCCUUCAUUUAGUCAGAGAUGGAAAAAUUCAGCAAGGGGUUGAAAUUAUCAUCAGAGACAAAUUGUGUUUCUCCUGUAGAUUUUUUGGGAUUAAUACAAACCCAUUGUGGUCACAGCUGCAGAACAUAAGUAAUUUUGCCUCAUUUCUCUUCUUUCCCAGGUACACUUAAGAAUAAAGUUGACAUACCCUCCUUCACAGCAGCCUCAGACAAUCUUCUAAACGGCGGUAAAGAUGAUGAAGUGUGAGUAUUCUGUUAUUAAACAAGUCAUUUCAUUUUCCUACUGAGAUGCAUUUUAGCAGAGCACUAAAACAACGCCCCCUCCCCUCCGACAGAGCUUUAAUACGUCUCUCUUGAAUUUAAUGUUUCAGUGAUUGCCUUCCACAAUUUAUUCACCUCUCUUCAGCACAAAACUGUUUAUUUAAAACGAUAACUGAGGUCACAGAAGGUCUAAAAUAAAAAAGAAUAAAGUGAGACAUGAAGGGAAGUCGUUCAGUGGUCGUGUCUCUGACUUGUUGUCGUCUUGUCGUCCUGCAGCUCAGUGAAGAAGGAGAAGGUUGGACAGAACUUGUUGCAGUGGACCGUGGCAGAUGUGGCCAGUUACUUCUCGGCUGCAGGCUUUCCAGAGCAGGCUGUGGCUUUUCGAACACAGGUCAGUGCACCACCUUAAAGCUACCACAGAGGGCGCCACCUGCAUACUGAAACCCAUACCUUUCCUGUUACAUGUUAGUGGGUAGUGAAAUUUAGUGGUCCUCAGUUAAAUAAACCUUAAUAUGAGAAAUGCCUGAUCAAAACUGUAUCAGAGUAGAUUCACUGACAGAUAUUAAACAUCUAGAAGCUGAUGGUCAUUUCUAAGAUGAAAUUUUCCUUUCCGUUGCAGGAAAUUGAUGGGAAGUCCCUCCUCUUAAUGCAGCGCAGCGACGUCUUGACUGGUCUCUCCAUCCGACUCGGCCCUGCCCUCAAAAUCUACGAGCGCCACGUAAAGGUGCUGCAGAGGACCCACUUCCUGGAAUGUGAGGACCUCUGAAGCGGCGAUUUGCAAUACAGACAAUACUGCAAUGACCUGAACGUGCAUGCAGUGCCCUCUCCCAUCCGGAUCCUGCACCCACCUUCAUAUAUAGACUAUGUAGAGGGUGAGUGGAGGGGGCGAUGGCUGCGGUGGAAUAAACGUUCACUGUGAGAAUGACCACAAACUUAAAGAUACUCAUCCUACCUCUCAUUACGGUCUUUGGUUUUUUUUCAAAUGGUUCUCAUUUCACCCUGUUCGGACGCUCCAUCGCAUCGUCAAAUGACAGAGACAGCGCCGUUCGUACGUGUGUUUUUAAAAUGGAGGACCAAUGACCUUUCUGCAAGUGCAAGCAAUCAGCGAGGAAGCUAUUGAAAGGGGGGCGGGGGCUGAGCCUUGCACAAACUGGACCACACUCACGGAGAUACGAUGAGAGCAAAGUGUGGAAAACUUUGGGUCCAGAUGAGAAACUGUUGGUUCUGUGUGGCUCUAUAAUUCCUCCUUGUAUACUUGUUUUGUCUAUUACGGUACCGUCUUUGUCCGGGGGGAGCUGUUGUGUGUCGUACACAUAAACACAGAGCACUUCUGAUGUCUCUAUCCUUUUUUUUACACUUAAGGAAUUGAAUUAUAUCCUGUUGAAACGCUGGUGGAGUCAGAGUGUCUACACAGCUGCAUCGAAAAGUCAUCAAGAGUCUAAUCUGAUUUAUCGUGUCACCCAUAUCUGCUGAUGUUGGAUUACGCCUUCAGUAUCUUCGAUAUAUAAGUGAUACAAUAUAAUACUUCCUGCUGGCAAGGCAAUAUAUUGCAUUUAUUCCCUUUUUCUAUCUUGUAUUGUUUUGAUUGUGGGAACAACUGCAGAGAUGACCGAGAAACCUGCAGGCUGAUAGAAUCUACUUUCAUACCUUCAUGAGCAAAAUAGGAUAAUAAGCUGUUCUUCUGAAUAUAUCCAACCAGAUUAAAUGCAGCUGCUCAGUGCCUAUAUACAGAGCAGAUACGUUGAUCAAAUGCAAUAGUCGAUGUUAUCAUCCAUGUAUUAUUUGUUCAGUGUUUAUUUGUGUUUCAGUGUCACUUGGCCUCAUGAAUUAGAACAUUCCAUCUUCGGUGUAUCUCCUCUCAUUUUUAUCUUAAAACGCUGAGAUUUCUUCCAGGGUCACAAAUAAAGCUUGUUUCUCUCUGUUCA